ACAACUGCUUUUUACAUGUGUGGCACUUAUCAUUGAUUCAUAAAUGAAUUUUUAGUUUUGCGAGAUAUACAUGAGAACGUUUAACUAAAAGGAAGUUUAAAUUUUAUACAUGUAUAAAUGGAAACCUUAAUGAACUGUACGUGUAACGUUGAUGGAUGUUCAUCCAGGGAUUGGCUUAAUGCAGCACCGUGUCCACCCCCUUUCUUUUACGACAAUAUCGUAGAAUAUGCAAUAAACAUCGGUUUUUGCAAACAGGAAGUUUGCGAAUUAGCCAAGAGGUGUUUGAAAAGAUUUCCAACGAAUGCAUCAUCAAGUGUUAUACAGAGAGCUUGUUCACCUUUGUCAUCAUCAACGACGUCACCUUUGCCAUCAUCAACGACGUCACCUUUGCCAUCAUCAACGACAUCUAUUUCAACAUCUGUAAGCUCUUCGACGCAGCUAGUUGCUACUACGUCAUCUUCCGCAGAUAGCCCCCAUUUUCUGGUGGUGCUGUUGAUCGUUGUCGUUGUUGUUGUACCACUGAUUGUCGCCUGUGUAUUUGUCAGAAGGAGGCGCAAAAUGAUCCGUAAAAACCAAGAG